UCCCCAACAUGGCGCUGCUGAGGGCUCUGGCGGUGGCGGCGACGCCGCUCUCAGCUGACGCCGCCGCUUGUCCUCUUCGCCACAGGCUGCUCCUGGCGACUUUGCUGUGGCGACCGGCGGCCGGAGCGGCCCGGGGUCACGCUUGGAAGAGGGGCCGCCCGCCCCCCGAGACCUCCCAGAUGCCACCAAUAUUAAACAGACUCUCAUGGCAAAGUUCAGGAAGAUGCUAUUCAAGGCAGUUAUUGGAUGCAGCUAAGAAUCUUCAGGGGUGGUCCCAGAUAGAUAAAAGAACAUGCUGGCACGGACAUGCAGGUGGACGACUACAUUCGGAUCCAAAGGAUGGGAUGAAAGAAAUAGAUGGCAGAAAGAUCAUCAAAGCCAUGCUCUCGUAUGUGUGGCCCAAAGAUAGGCCUGACCUGCGUGCCAGAGUUGCCAUAUCGCUAGGACUGUUAGCAGGUGCAAAGGCCAUGAAUAUAGUGGUUCCCUUCAUGUUUAAAUAUGCAGUAGACAACCUCAACCAGAUGUCUGGAAAUGUUCUGAACCUGAAUGAUGCACCAAAUACAGUUGCAACCAUGGCAACAGCUGUUCUGAUUGGAUAUGGCAUCUCACGAGCUGGGUCUGCUUUGUUUAAUGAAGCUAGAAAUGCUGUAUUUGGAAAAGUAGCUCAAAGCUCCAUCAGAAGGAUAGCAAGGAAUGUCUUCCUCCACCUGCAUAACCUGGACUUGAGUUUCCACCUGAGUAGGCAGACUGGAGCAUUAUCAAAAGCCAUUGACAGAGGGACAAGAGGCAUCAGCUUUGUACUCAGUGCUCUAGUGUUCAAUUUGGGGCCCACUUUGUUUGAAGUGGCUCUUGUUAGCGGAAUUUUGUAUUAUAAAUGUGGUACACAUUUUGCACUGGUAACCUUGGGGACAUUAGGAACAUACACAAUGUUCACAAUAGGAGUUACACAAUGGAGAACUAAAUUUAGGAUAGAAAUGAACAAAGCAGAUAAUGAUGCUGGUAAUGCAGCAAUUGACUCUCUGCUGAAUUAUGAAACUGUGAAGUAUUUCAAUAACGAAAAGUAUGAAGCCCAGCAGUAUGAUGGCUAUUUGAAGAAUUAUGAAAAUGCCUCACUGAAGACUACCACUACUUUAGCUCUGCUCAACUUUGGACAAAGUACUAUAUUCAGUAUCGGUCUAACAGGUGUCAUGGUAUUGGCUAGCAAGGCAAUUCUUGCAGGUAACCUAACAGUUGGUGAUCUGGUAAUGGUGAACGGACUGUUGUUCCAGCUUUCUUUACCCCUGAACUUCCUGGGAACAGUGUACAGAGAGACAAGACAGGCGCUCAUAGACAUGAAUACCUUGUUCACGUUGCUUAGUAUAGACACAAAAAUUAAAGAUAAAGCGCUGGCUCCGCCCCUGCAGAUCACACCUCAGACUUCUACCAUCGUCUUUGAUAACGUGCAUUUUGAAUACCUUGAGGGGCAGAAAGUCCUCAGUGGCGUGUCUUUUGAAGUCCCCGCAGGAAGAAAAGUGGCCAUUGUAGGAGGCAGUGGGUCAGGGAAAAGCACAAUAGUUAGAUUAUUGUUUCGCUUCUAUGAACCUCAGAAGGGUGAGAUUUAUGUUUCUGGGCAGAACAUACAAAAUGUCAGUUUGGAGAGCCUAAGGACAUCUAUUGGAGUCGUACCUCAGGAUGCUGUUCUCUUCCAUAAUACCAUCUUUUACAACCUCUUGUACGGCAAUAUCCAUGCCUCUGCAGAAGAAGUCUAUGCUGUGGCGAAGCUGGCAGGAAUCCAUGAUGCUAUUCUCAGAAUGCCCAAUGGGUACAACACACAAGUGGGUGAGCGGGGUCUGAAGCUGUCAGGAGGAGAAAAGCAGAGAAUUGCUAUAGCAAGAGCCAUCUUGAAGAAUCCUCCCAUUAUCCUCUAUGACGAAGCUACUUCUUCUUUAGAUUCAAUUACAGAAGAGAACAUCUUGAAUGCCAUGAGGGACAUGGUGAGACACAGGACAUCCAUCUUCAUUGCACACAGGUUGUCAACAGUGGUUGAUGCAGAUGAAAUAAUUGUCCUAGAUCAGGGUAAAGUUGCAGAGCGUGGCAAGCAUUUAGAUCUGCUCACCAGCCCCAGCAGCCUCUAUUAUGAGAUGUGGCACACGCAGAGCAGCCGGAUGCUGAAUAGAAAUAAGGACGAGAAAUGGGAGGAGAGAAGCAACCACAUGUCCAAAGAGGAGGAAAGGAAGAAGCUGCAAGAAGAAAUCAUAAACAGCGUGAAGGGCUGUGGGAACUGUUCGUGUUGAAUCUGAGUCCGGACCUCGACGCCUCUCGGUUUAAGGGUGACACAAGUUUGCACCGGAGCUGUUUUCUGCAUUCAACAGAAUAAACAAUUUAGUGAUGUCGUUGGGCUUUGUAAAAAGGCUUUCCUCCCUGGAACGCAACUUCUUUAACCAAAGGAUUUUGCAUCUGCCUCUCAGCCUCUCUGAUAUUUACUGACAUCAGUGGGAGCAGGUCGCAACAGCCUCGGAAUAUCUGGUUAACACAAAUGUUUUUGGUGAUAGCUCUAGACGCUUUUCCCAGUGAUUGCUUUUUAAGUGACAUAAACCUCUAUCAUCUGGCCAGAAUACUGUAAAGCGUUUGCAUUAUCUUGUUCUUUGCCACUGAUGGUGGGUUAAAAAUGUUUUUAUAUAUGAACUUUAACAAAAGCCAAUUAACUCAAGCGUGUGUGUUAAUGGGGGGAAUGAAUAAUUAACAUUCUUAAAUAAUUGCUGGGUUUGAUAGAAUUUCUAUUGUUUCAUAAAAAAAUAAUAAUGACCAUGAAGUCUAUAAGAACAAAUCCAAGCAGAGAAUGUUUUCCUUCGCCCCUCAACACUUUUUCUCACUUGUCCCACAAAACAUGCAUGUUUCCACAAGGGCUACGAUCUCAAAACUAUGAAUGAAAACGUGUGCCGAUGCAAAUUGCAAGGCAAAAUAAUAAGUCAGUUCAUCUCAGUUCUCUAGUAUUUGUAGAAAUGCACAAGGAAAUGAUUCCAUUAAAUUCUAAUGAAAAUUCAAUACAGAUAUUGUCAGAGCUGUUGCCUAACCAAUAAGUGGCACAGAAUACCUUAAAAUCCUUGGGCACAGUUUGGAGUACCUAUCAGUUGGACCCAAUUAUGUCCUACAUAUUGGUGAAGAAAAUGUAUUUGUUUGGAAAAAUUGAGAAGUUGGUGCAUUAAAUGACCCUGUUUUAAAAAUGAGUAGACAUUGCUAUACAACGAUAGCUGUCCUCUUGUGUGUGCAAAGCAAAACCUUGCCCAACGUGUGGUGUCAGGACAGAAUUGAUUUUAAUUUAUGAUCUGUUCUCAUGCUCUUUAACUGGAUAUGUCUCUUCCUUGGAAUUAGUGCAGAGAAUAGCAGAGGCUGCAAAGAAUGUAAUAUAUCUCACUGGAUAGGGUCCAAUGCUGCCCUUGAGCAGGUGUGGGUAGAUGUGCUGUGUGCACACAGCCCCCACCACUGCCAGCUGCCAUGUAGCGCUCCCAGGGGCAAAUGCCGAAAUGUUUAUUUCUGGAAGGGGCAGGUUGCGCGCACCCCUUGCAGAAAUCAGCGUUUGUGGUCUUUGGGGGGGUGCCCUUGGAAGCAUUACAUCGCAGCUGCCAGUGGUGGGGGCAGCCGGUCAUGCACACGUUGGGACGGGCGGAUCUGGCCGCCAUUGCAUCCUGCCCUUUAUAUAUUAGAAAUAGCUGAUAAAAUGUUUUCUGUAACUUCUUUAUCUGUUCCUAUAGUGCCAUUGUGGGAGUUUAGGAAGGAGGGAGGAGAGAACACCAAUUGACAGCUGUGGGCAGGGAAAUGAUAUGUUUUUUUUGUUUCUGUUUUCUUCUUCUUUUGUACUGUGAAAGCAUUAGGCUUCUAUUUUUGUCUGUCUUGAUAGACCUGCACCUUCAUCCAGAAAUCUUCUGUGCAUACGUGAGCCCUAAUUUAUGUCCCCUCCGAUCAGAGCUUCCUCAUCCAGUACACUGGACGGGGCAGAUAUAUUCAUGUAAGGAAAGCCCUCCACUCCAAUGGGCAAAGGAGCUUGCACAGACAGGCAGGCGCACCAGCACCUCUGCAUCACGUUGACGGUCCUAAUUUGUGAAUUCCGUUCAUUAGACAUCUAGUCUUGCGUGUUAUAAGUAUCCUUCACCGUCGACAGUGCUCAUGCCGGAGCAUAGAAGAGAUUUGUGCAAGUGCCAAAACACAAGCUGUGCAUCUUAAAAAGUUUGGGAUUUGGGUGAUGUGCUAUUGGUGCUCUUCAUGCAGAUUUUAUUUCACUCAUUAAUUCUGAAUCAUGAUUGGUUUCUUGUACAUUUUUGGACCGGGGGUUUCAUAGCCAAGAGGCCUCCCCAAAUUACACUAGCCUGGGAGCCACAAUGUGCUUGACAGUUGAUUUAAGACACUUUGUUGGGAAAGCCACAGGGGUUUUCCAGGAAAUGGGUUGUAAUGCAGUGCUGUAGAGUUCCUUAUGUUUUGCCUGUGGAGAUAGAUCUCCCUUCGUCGUACUGGAGGACGGACCUGCUUCUCUCUUCAAUACGCCUUCUGUGCUGCCUGGGAUUGAUGGGGAUUGUAGCCCAAGACACCUGGAGGACACCAGGUUGGAGGAGGGAGUCCUAGAUAACCAUUCCUAAUUUGCCAUUAGUAUACCAGGUCACCUACUUGUUUGCAUUUGGAAGGAGCAGAGGGGCAACUUUACCCCAGAUAAUAUGGUUAUCGUAUGAAGUGAA